AGCCUGCUGUGCAGGGGUAGGCAAGCCCCGGACAGUAUCUCCUGGAUGCCAGUGAGCGGCUGAGAGCUGAAGCUUGGACACUCAAGGCUCUUGUGGUGACAGGCCUGGCACAAAGGCGUGCAGGGAGGCCUCACUCUGUCUCCUGGACUUAGAGAUUUCAGACACAGAAGUCUGUCCAUGGCUCCUUAUCACAUCCGCAAAUACCAGGAGAGCGACCGCAAGUGGGUCGUGCGCUUGCUCUCCCAGGGGAUGGCUGAGCACAUCCCAGCCACCUUCUGGCAAUUGCUGAAGCUGCCUCGAACCCUCAUACUCUUACUUGGGGGACCCCUCGCCCUACUCCUGGUCUCUGGCUCCUGGCUUCUGGCCCUCAUGUUCAGCCUCAGCCUCCUCCCUGCCCUGUGGUUCCUUGCCAAAAAACCCUGGAUGGACUAUGUAGACACAGUAUUGCGCACAGACAUGUCUGACAUCACCAAAUCCUACCUGAGUGAGCCUGACUCCUGCUUCUGGGUGGCUGAGUCUGAAGAGAAGGUGGUGGGCAUGGUAGGAGCUCUGCCCGUUGAUGAUCCCACCUUGAAGGAGAAGCGGUUGCAGCUGUUUCAUCUCUCUGUGGACAGUGAGCACCGUUGUCAGGGGAUAGCAAAAGCCCUGAUCAGGACUGUCCUCCAGUUUGCCCGGGACCAGGACUGCAGUGCAGUUGUCCUGGACACCAGCAACAUCCAACUCACUGCCUUGUCCCUCUACCAGAGCAUGGGCUUCCAGAAGACGGGCCAGUCCUUCUCCUGCAUGUGGGCCAGGCUAGUGGCUCAUAUUACAAUUCAUUUCAUCUACCGCCUCCCUUCUUCUCAGGCAGGGGGUCUGUGAUCUCUUUCCUUGUGUAUUGGUCAGAAUAGAAUCCAUUCAGCUGUAACAGCAAGCAAUCCCCAACCUUUCACUGCAAUGACCUUUCAAUGCAAAAAAGCUUAUUGUCCAGCCCCAUCUGAGUCCCAGGUGAUUGCUUGUGGGGUAGCUUCUGGGUUUCUGCUUCAUUCAGUCUUUUUUGAGUCCCAUCUGUUUCGUUUUUCUAGUGCCAGCAUAAUGCUGCUAAGAACAACCAUAAAAUGAAAUAAAUAUUUAGCUCAUGAGUCAGCAA